AUGUUUUUAGAAAAGCCUCCGACUGAAACUGGUGCUAAUCCUACAACUUCUAAUGUUGGAAUUGUUAGUCAAUUCAGUGAAGAACAACGAUUUAAACCCGCAUUAAAAGAUUUAGCAACUAUUCAUGGCGAUUAUGCUGAAUAUGGUGUUUUACAAUUAGAAUCACUAAUGGGUGCAAUUGAUGAGAUC